UUCCUGUUCAUCGCUCAUGUCCAUGCUUUUAGCUCUACUGUCUCCUUUCUUCCUGCAGAGAGAGGCAUUUGUUCAUCUCGGUUGGAAUUGUGCCGUUCCGUCUGCGUGCUGAUGCUCUCACCAUUGGCAUCUCUCGAUUAGCUUCCGUAGAUCGCAUUAACUUCCAUUUGAGCUCCCACCGGUGCGCCGGCGAGGGUUUCUCGCUGUGACGAUGCAGCAUCAGCAGCAGCAUCAGUAUCAGCAUGUGCUGGGCGCUGUCGAUGACUCGGCGGACCAGUUCAGUUCCUUCGUGCUGCCGCUCUCCAUCGCUGGCUUAACGGUUGUCGGACUCUUUUCGCUGCCGGGCGCCUUUGCUCUUCUCUCCCAGAUUCGCAAUCGCACUCCAAAAGACAACUUCUAUUCGGAUAUCGACGGUACCAGCACGCCAGAGGCUGUUGCUGCAUUUUCCAACAAGCGGCCCAAGAUUGCCAUUCUUCUCUUCUCCCUGACAAGCUUUGGCACAUCUCUUGCCCAUUCGAUCCUAUCCAGCCUUCACGCGGACCGUUAUGGCCUAUUUGUUCCAAGCUGGCUGAUUACUGCCGCUCUUGCUGCCAUUGUGUUACAAGCUAUCUGCAUCUCUGCUCACCGGUCUCCCGUUAAAUCCCACGACCUCGGUAUUUGGUCAUUUGGGUCAUCGUUCAUCGCUAUUUUGAUCAGUAUACUCCAGGCCCACCAUGCUUCGCGGCUGGGAGCUACCAAGAAUGACGCGGCUUUCAUUCUUCGAAUCGUCAGCUUGGUAGCUACCAUCUUGCUGCUAUUUGCUAGCAUUUCGCUCCCCCGACGGCCAGCUGUCUUCCACAAUGGCAAACCAGUGGACGCACAGUUUACAGGCUCUUUUCUGAGUCGUUAUACUUGGUCUUGGGGACGGCCCCUGGUAUCGUUGGCCACUGAGAAAGGUGAUUUGGACGAAAAAGAUAUUCCAGGCCCAGAUCAUAAUUUCAGAGCCCGAGACCUAGUCGAGGCUUGGCACAAGUUUGAAUUCAAAGGCACACUUCUGAAAAAGCUUCUUCGCUCAUAUCUGCCCGGAUUUUUAAUUCAAUGGACGGUCACCAUCUUUCGAUCGUUUAUUGGACUUGGCCCCUUUUGGGCCAUGUUGCGUGUGAUUGAGCUCUUGGAAAAGCGCUACCCCCCUGGCGAACGACCGAUGGCCCAGAUAUUGGCAUACAUCGUUUCACUCGCCCUUUUUUCUUUAUGUGGACAGUGGACACAAGGAUGGAUUAUGUGGUUUUCUAUGUACAGGAACUCCAUUCCUCUCCGGGGCCAGCUCUCUUCUCUUAUUUUCGAAAAGUCUUUGAAACGCAAAAAUGUCAAGAUGGCAGAGAAAGAAACACCCAAAGCAGACGGGGAUACGGAUGAAAGCAACAAAGACACAAAGAAACCUGAGGACGACACUGUUUUGAAGUCCCGCCAGGCCAUUGUGAAUCUUGUUGGUGUUGACGUCCGGCACGUGUCAAACCUUGCAGCCUUUCAAUUUUUCAUUAUCAACAGCUUGACCAAUCUGAUCUUUUACUGUGGCUUCCUGCUAAAGUUGAUUGGUUUUCUGCCCUUUGCAGCCGGUAUCUUGGCAUGGGCUCUCGUUUUGCCUAUUAACACAUAUGCCACCAAGAUCUACAUGAAACAACAAGCCCAACUUAUGAAGGAUCGCGAUGCUAAGCUGGCAAUUGUGAACGAGGCGCUGUUGGGUAUUCGGCAGAUUAAAUUCACUGCCCUGGAGAGCCAGUGGGAGGGGCGUAUUCAAGAGCAAAGAGAGAAGGAACUUGCAACUCUGAAGAGAACGUUCAUGGCGGACUCUGUCCUAUUUGCAUGCUGGGUUAUUAGCCCGAUUUUUCUCGCAGCGGCUUCACUAACCGUCUACUCUGUCCUUCAUGGCAGCCUAUCUCCGUCAGUUGCUUUCGUUAGUAUCAGUAUCUUUAAGAGUUUGGAAGUUACUCUCUCUGCUCUGCCAGAGCUUCUUACGUCAUCUGUCGACACACUUGUUUCGAUCAAGCGAAUUGACACGUAUCUAAGCGGCCCUGAAAUAAAGAAGAUUCUGUCUGAUGGUCCGGAUGUUGCUCUCGAAAAUGCCGCCAUUUCUUGGCCUGUUGACGCCGAAACCCCCGACGAUGAACGCUUCAUUCUCAAGAAUAUCAACCUAUCAUUCCCUGCUGGCGAACUGUCUGUGAUCUCUGGUAAAACCGGAACAGGAAAGAGUUUGUUGCUCUCUGCCGUACUGGGCGAGGUUGACCUACUGGAAGGUGCCAUUUAUGCUCCCCCCGCUGUAUCGCCGCUUGAGCGCAAUGAUCAAGCGGCUCACCCCGGAAAUUGGAUUCUUCCCGGCUCUGUUGCGUAUGUGGCCCAGACGCCUUGGCUCGAAAGCGCUUCUUUCCGAGAUAAUAUUCUAUUCGGCCUCCCGUACAUUGAAGCAAGAUACCAGAAGGUUAUUGAAGUCUGUGCCUUGAAGAAGGACCUCGAAAUUUUGCCUGAUGGCGAUAAGACGGAACUUGGAGCCAACGGAAUUAAUUUGAGUGGAGGCCAGAAGUGGAGAGUGACAUUGGCACGAGCUAUCUACUCACGCGCCGAGAUUCUGGUCAUGGAUGAUAUUUUCAGCGCUGUUGAUGCUCAUGUUGGUCGACACAUUUUCGACAAGUGCAUUAGUGGUGACAUCUGCGAAGGACGAACUCGAAUCCUGGUUACUCACCACGUAGCGCUCGUUCAAUCUAAGGCUAAGUAUCUGGUGGAACUUGGAGAGGGCACUGUCCUAAACGCUGGCCUGACGUCGGAGUUAGCUGAAGAGGGUAUUCUCGAGAGAAUUAAGACCCAUGAGCAGGACCCAGAGGAGAUUCAGCGAGAAGAAGCGGCUGCUGAAGGCUCGACAGUUGUCAACUCUGAAGAAGGCUCAGUUACCGCUGACGAUGGAGCAUCAAAUGGAAACACCACGGCUGACCAGAAGACCAAAGACAAGGCUGCUAAAGACUUUGUCGAAAAGGAGACUCGCGACAAAGGACAAGUUAAAAGCCGAAUCUAUAUGAGCUAUCUAAACCAUAGCGGUGGCUGGCUGUUUUGGAUCAUUCUUGCUGUUUUAUUCUCCAGUUUUGAGGCAGGUAAUCUUGCUCGAAAUUGGUGGGUGAAAAUAUGGACGUCCCAAAGCGAUAACCAAGUUGAUGGAAUCCAUACCUUUGAAGCGGAGCAGAAGCACGGCCUUGCUUAUGGCUUCACCUUACAGCACGGCCCGUUCCAUGUUGUGUCGAACCUGCUGAACGCCGAAUCGACAGAGCACAACUUGUACUAUUACCUAUCGAUCUAUGUUGCUCUAUCUGCGGCUAGUGGAUUUGUCGGGACACUGCGCUUUAUCUGGUCGUUUUAUAUGAGCAUCAAGGCUAGCCGGACCCUGUUUAAGCAGAUUCUCUUCACAGUCCUUCGAACCCCCCUACGAUGGCUUGAUACAGUCCCCGUUGGUCGAAUUCUUAACCGACUCACCUCCGAUUUUGACAUCAUCGACAACCGCAUUAACAUGGACUUUGGCUUGCUACUCUGGCGUUCUCUGGGCCUCAUGGGCGUCUGUGUUGCCGCUACUCUCGUGUCGCCUUAUAUCCUUCCAUUGGCAUUUGUUUUAGUCAUCUUUGCUGCGAUAGUUGGAAAGAUGUACAUGGCUGGCGCUAGGCCCAUGAAGAGGUUGGAAAGCACCUCAAAGUCACCCGUCUUUGAACAAUUCAACGCGACGUUAUCGGGAGUGGCUACCCUUCGAGCAUAUCAGAAGACUCAAGUAUACGUGGAUCGUAUGUACGCUCAUCUUGAUGCUUGGGACUCUGUGAGCAUUUAUGGAUCUCUCUUCAAUCGAUGGAUGAGCUUCCGAAUGGCCUUGAUUGGUACUGCCUUUAGUUCCAUCGUUGGUAUUGUCGUUGCUGUGUCCCCAUACAUUGACGCUUCCAUGGCCGGCUUCACUUUGGCGUUUGCUGUUGACUUUUCCGGAAACAUUCUCAUGACCCUUUGGAGCUAUACCAGCUUGGAGCUGGAUAUGAAUGCCACUGAGCGUGUUAUCGAGUACGCUGACCUUAAGACUGAACCGCUAGAUGGAGAGAAGGCACCUGCUGCCUGGCCCACGUCAGGAGAUAUUGAAGUCAAGGAUCUUGUUGUCGGCUAUGCUGAAGAUCUGCCGCCCGUUCUGAAGGGCGUUUCCUUCAAUGUCAAGAACAAUGAGCGAGUUGGUGUUAUUGGGCGCACCGGAGCUGGAAAGUCAUCGCUUACUCUGGCUCUCUUCCGCUUCCUCGAGGCUCGAUCUGGUACCGUCUUAAUCGAUGGUGUAGAUAUUUCCAAGAUUGACCUGCACAGCCUGCGUUCACGAUUGGCCAUCAUUCCUCAGGACCCUGUACUGUUUUCUGGUACUGUCAGGAGCAAUCUUGAUCCAUUUAACGAGCGUACCGACGAAGAACUCCACGAAUCGCUUCACCGUGUCCAUUUGGUCGAUUCUCAGCCAACUACGCCAGCCAAUGAGCCUUCUUCCGCCGCUGCUUCCGCCGCUGCUUCAACCGCCUCUCCAAUCAACGCCAAUAUCUUCCGGGAUCUCACUAGCGGCGUCGCUGAAUCAGGCGGCAAUCUCUCUCAAGGCCAACGUCAGCUCCUCUGCAUGGCUCGAGCCAUUGUCGCGCGACCCAAGAUUAUGGUGCUUGACGAGGCCACCUCGGCAGUGGACAUGGCAACCGAUGCGCUCAUCCAGCGCAGCAUCCGCGAGGAGUUCACUGACAGCACGCUUAUCGUAAUUGCGCACCGUCUUAGCACGAUUGCCGAUUUCGACCGCAUUCUCGUCCUCAGUGAGGGUGCUGUGGCGGAAUUCGGAACACCCAAGGAGCUGUGGGAGAAGGAAGGAAGUGUGUUUAGGGAUAUGUGUGAGCACAGUGGUGAGCUAGAUAAGCUCCGGGAAACAAUCUUGGGAAAAUAAAUAAAGGGAAUUAUCAUUCAGCACCCCUAGUUUUAUUUUGUUUUCUCUUCUUCGAAUUAUUUCUCUUACGAUAGAUUGUUCGUUAUAUAUGGCACGGUC